AACAGAAAGAACUCAAUCCAGUAUUUUUCCUUUUUCAUGGAGAGUCGUCUGCAUGUUAGAGCUAAAGCACCGAUAGAAAUUUCAACUAAGACAACGGAUUUCAAGCAAAAGAAGAACAGAAGUUAAGUGAAGCUUUAUUCCAUGAUGAACAUCCUCCUCAUCUUCACCCUCUCUCUAAUAUCAGAUCCAGUGGCCUGUGUUAUGACUGGCUACACAGGAGGAAGCGUCCUUAUAAUAUCUGAUCUAAACUGGGGUUCAGGAUUUAGUACAUAUAUUUGUAAGCUGGGAAGCAGAUCAUGCACAGAUAUAAUACGUACUGACACCACAGAAAAUUCUGUUCAAGAGGAAAGAUUCAAGCUGUAUAAAAACAAUGAUAGAUUUUUGAGAGUGUUAAUCAGGAGGCUGAAGCCACAGGAUGCUGGAGUGUACAGAAUAGGAGUAGAGGAUCAGAUGCCCACUGAUUUGGAACUGACUGUUCUUAAUGAUUCUUGUUGUGAUCGACCAAAAACAGUGAAUGUUUUUCCUGGACAGAAUAUCAGCAUCAACUCUAACUAUCCUGUGAUUUACAACCAAGCUUUCAAGUAUAUCAUGAAACUUGAAAAUGGCAGUGAUUUUUAUGACAUUCUAGAUACUUCUGAAAAUUCCCAGAACAACAGAUUCUCCAUUUCUGAUGACAGCAGUGCUAAAGUUCUCAGUAUGAGCAUCAGUCAUGUGACAGAAGCCGACAAUGGAGUUUAUUUAUAUGGAAUCUUCAACAGAAAGAAGUCAAUCCAGUAUUUUUCCUUCUUCAGAGAGAUUCAUCUGAAUGUUAGAGAAUCCCUUGUUAACACCACAAUCAUCAUCAUCAUCAUCAGUGUGUGUGUGCUGUUGAUUGGAGGAUUUACACUGCUGGUGAUUUACAAACUGAGACACAAGGGAACUCAAGGUUCAAGACCUUCAUCCCAAGACAAUGAACAUGCUCCUUCUGUUCAUGAGAACAACCUGCCUAAUUUACCCACAUAUGAAAACUUGAAAAUCAAAAUGAGAUCGAAUGAUCAGAAUCUGGAUUCAUCUACAAGCCAGUCCGAUUCAACGUACCAAACACUGGACCCACGCACCAACCAAUCAGAUUCAAACUACAUGUCUCUGAGUAACACCACCGACCAAUCACAUUCACAUUACCAAUGUCUGAAUGCUAGAACUCAGGUGAACUCAGUUUACCAGACCCUUCAUUCUUAAUGCUAUCAUUUUUUAUUCUUUUCAUUAUGAUGUAAGGUUAUUAAUUAAAACAUAAUUGUUGCAUAAAUUUCUAUUGUAUUAGUUUCAGCAUGUUGCUAUAGGAAAAUACUCACCUCAGGGUUAUAAUAUUUUUACGCCCAAUAACUGAUUAUUUACCAAUAACAGCACACUUUACUGUGUUUUAUUUUAUACUUACCACGUUGCUUUUUCUUUUUCUGUGUUUUUAUGUUAACUGUGUAUCCUUUAAAAAGUUAUUUGUGAAAACAAUUGCUGUACAUAUGAUCUAUAUGUGAAUGAAAUGUUGGUAACAUGGUGAAAUGGUUUAACUGACCAUUAUGAGUUGGUGAAGAUUGUAUCAUAACA